AUGAGGUAAAUAAAUGGGAUGAAAAGUAAAAAAAAAAAGUAAAGGUAAAAAAAAAAUCACAUUUACAUAAGAGAAUUAAAUGAUUUACUAAUAGGAAGGUGUAAUUUUGAGAUAGUAUUUAAUUAUUUUGGCUAUAAAAGGGAACUUAACUAGGACUAUUUCAGAGAUUAAGAAAUCUUAAUAGAGAUGGAAUAGAUCUAAUUUCUUUAAUGGUAAGGUGAAUAUGGACCAAAAUAGAAAAAAUAAGGUAAAUGGAUUGCAACUUGGAAAGGGGAAAUAAUUUAAGAAGUUGGUGAAUAGUAUAAUAUGAGAAUGGAUUAAAGGAAGGUUAAUGGAAACAACCAAGUAAGAGUUAUUGGAGGUAAAAAUGAAGUAUGUAUACAAAAUAGACAAGCUCAAGUAUAUGAAAGUGGAGAAUACUUUUUUGAUUAAAAAUUAGGGAGAUGGAAUUACAUCUAUGAUAACUAAAUUAUGUAUUAUUUUUAAUUGAAUUAUUAGUGGAGGUGGGUCAUAUGAUUAAGUAGGUAGAUAAGUCUAUUUAUAUUUGGGGUGUUAAAACAUGGCAAAUAAUAUUGAAAAUGGAUGGUCAUAGUGAUAUUGUACAAUCAGUUUGCUAUUUUCCAAAUGGUACUCUAUUAUCAUUUGCAAGUGCCAAUUAGUCAAUUCUUUUGUGGGAUAUUAACAUGGUACUAUAAAAUAUUCUCUCUGUAUUUUAAUCAUCCUUAGAAAAUAGUUACUAAUCUCAAAGUAGUAUAUUUUUUAAUAUUAUCCAGCAAUUGUUUCUUUUCUUGUUAUAUCUAAAUCCUUAGACUUUGAAGCAGGAGAAGCCUUCAUUUUUUAAGAAGCAUUUUCAUUAGGCAUUAAUAUGCUAUAAUCUUUUUAAUAAAGAGGGGGUUGCAUUUUGA